CAGUUAGUUAUGCACGUUUUCAUUCGUAUAGUUAUUGUAAAUGUUGAAAUUCAAAUUUUGUCAAUUUUUCAAGUCCGUGUGCAUCUGUCUCUCAUUCCAAGCUUGCAUUUUCCUUAUCACGAGGAAGUGCAGUGAAAGCGUCAAAGGAAUGCCGAAUUCCGAUGGCUAACGGCGAACUCCAGAACGAGCUCAGGUUAUUGCAGUUAUGAAAAUGGCCCAAAGGCAGAGAACAUUUCGGGAAAGUGUAGGUUCUCACACAGGACUCGUCAUUCUGAAACUAAGUAUAAAAGCUCAGUGUUAUGGCUUUCCCGAGUCAAACUAGUCUCGUUACUUGUGGUCUUAACUUCCCAUCGAAAAUGAAGAACUUUGUUGUGUUGGCUUUUGUGGCUUCCUGCCUCGUGGUAAGCGGCCAGAGCUUCGCCCUCAAAGAGAGCGGCACUAGCCCACUGACAACGAUAAUCGAGACGAAGAAAGAACUCAUCAGCGAUGCCAAGGGUGUGAUCGGCGAUCUGAAGCAAUCCGUUGUCCUGAAGAAACAGGCGGCCGCCAACAGCAUCAAAGCCGCGAUCAAAGCCAAAGUAGGCAUGGUCACCAGUCUCAAGGAUGCCAAAAUAGCUCUGCUCAAGGGUGCGGCCUCCGCCAAAAUGGCCAGGCUGGCUGCCAUCCGCACCGCCAAGGAGGCUUUCUUCAGGAACUUCAUGGAGUCGAAGAAAGCUCACCUGAGCAACGCCUACGCUGUCGUUUCUGACAAGACUCAGAGGCUCUUGAAGUACAAGAUGCCCAUCAAAGAAAAAGCAACGGCCCUCCUUAGCAGCGCAGUGAGCAAAGUCCAGAAUGAAAUCGCCAAGAAGAAGGAGUUCAUCCACUCCCUUAAAGCCCCAGCGACCAUCACGAACAACGUCAUCGUGGCUCCGGUACUCCAACAGCAGCCCUACAAGCUCCACACCUACGUGAGCGAUGAGGCCCCUAUCGUAGGCAAGGUCUACGUUCACGAAAUUCCUCUGCGCGCCGUCGAGAAGGAAGAGCCACCGAAAGCCGUGCAAAGCGUGGCCACUGCGACUUCCUCGACUUACACUUAUGGAACACCCGCUCAAUCUUAUGGGCCACCAGCUGAUAGCUAUGGACCACCUGCUGACUCUUACGGACCUCCGGAUUCCGCGUAAAUGAUGUACGCGGAAUAAUUUACUUCAAGUAGCGCCGGCUAUCCAGUUUCUUAUCCAAGUUUUCUAUUUAUAUUUUGAACCGCUGAUUAUGAAUCGCGAUAGUUUUGUUUAACCUUUAAUGCGUGUGAUUUUAAUUAAUGACACUGUGGACGAACUGCGAUAAUAUUCCUGCGAAAGAUUAUUAGAAAUAUUUUAAUAACAACUGGAAUGUAAAAAUUUAAAUUAUGCUGGAUAUUUUCUCGAAUAAAAUCAUUUUUCAAACCCA